CAUUUCCAAUUGUCUUCAAGUACCCACUCGAUGUGAUAAUAUAAGCAAUCAUUUUGCCACUAGUCCAAAAUUUUUUCCAAGAUGCUGAAACACGUCACAUGCUACGUCCUCCUUAGCCUCUUCCAGGGCUACCUCUUCACCAGUCGUGAAGACAUCAUCGCCGAGUUUCAACCCCUCUUGACCGAACGAGCCAACAACUUCACCAUCGAAUUCAACACAGCUAGCACCGACUACCCUGAAGUCGUCGACAAAAUCAAAAACGAAACUUGGACGGCUGUGGCUGCCCUCAACAACCAGAUCGCUACCUUGAAGACGACCAUCUCUACGGACAUCGCCGCCGCCACCGAAUCCGACGUUAUUAAUUGUCUUAGUGGACAGCAAACCGCCGCCAACGAGCUGUCUUCGGAUGCUAUCAACUCGACGUGCUGGGUUGGGGUGACGUACCCAGAUCUGGAGAGCGCGCGGGACGCUUUAGGGAUUUUGGCCCAAAUACCGAAUAACACCAUAGACGCUUGCGCUAGUUUGAAUCCCCUUCCGAGUCAAGAUCAACAAUUCGUGAACUGCAUAAGCCACAAGAUUUUGGACUUGGACUUGAUGAAUGACGUUCUAGUGGGGAAUUUUACGGAGGUGAAGGAGCAGACUUUGAAUAGUAGUACGGCGUGCUUGGCAGAACAAACUGGGGUGCUUUCGCAGCAAAUUAAUGACAUUAACUUUCAGGUGACGCUUUGUAUGUCGUAGACAACACCUCUUUUUAAUAAAAUAGUGUGAUAAAGCG